AAUUCCCUAACGCGUUACGUCUCUUCAAAAAGCAGAAGAAAAAAAGAGCUGAUCUCCAUUCCACACACUCUCAUUCAUCUGCUAGUAAUUACACUAAAAAGAAGAAACAUAGCAGCUUUACUAUAACAUAAAGACGAAUGGCAGGAAGAUCAUCAGCAUGUAGUCCUAAGGUGUUGAAAGUAGUAUUGGGUUUGAUGGCUAUUAGUUUAGCAGCUUAUAUUUUAGGUCCACCUCUGUAUUGGCACUUAAUGGAAGGCUUAGCUGCUGCUUCUUCUUCUGUUAAUAACAACUGUCCUCCUUGUAAUUGUGACUGUAAUUCUGAACCCUUCUUUUUCAUUCCUCCAGGUUUGAGCAAUGCUUCUUUGACAGAUUGUGCUAAGCGUGAUCCAGAGGUUGGUGAAGACACGGAAAAUAACUUUGCUGACUUGUUGUCUGAGGAACUUAAAUUGCGAGAAGCUGAGGCCUCAGAAAAUCAGCGGAAGGCUGACAUGGCACUUCUUGAAGCGAAAAAGUUAACAUCCCAAUAUAUGAAAGAGGCAGACAAGUGCAAUUCCGGAAUGGAGACAUGUGAAGAGGCAAGGGAAAAAGCUGAGCUUCUUUUAUUAGCACAAAAGAAACUGACUGCUACGUGGGAGAUGAGGGCUCGUCAAAAAGGAUGGAAAGAAGGGGCAGCCAAAUCUCAAACUCAGUCUCAGGGAAAUGUACAGACUAUGUAACAUGCGCAUGGCCUCAAGUAGCAUAUCUCGACUUAAUCUGAUGCCAGGUUCCGGUCUCAACAAAGUUGUCUAUAAUUGAGUCUCAGCUCAAAAUGUGUUAGCAUAUGAAUGGAUUCCAUUUGUUUUGAACCAUAUGCCUGAUUUUAGUUUAGAGGCCGCUAUAUUAUCUCCAUCUCUAUAUGCCUAGUCAUCUGAAACAGACUGCCAUUAGUUAAGGCAAAGCCUUUCUAUAUAUCCUGCUGAGUUACAAUUCCACUAGUAAAAGUUUGAGUGAACAUUGCAAUCAACUGCCUUACAAAAUUUUCAUCUGAAGUAGCACCAUUUGUCAGACUUUCUAUAUGUGUGGAUGUGAAGAUAAAAAUGGAGUGUUAUGAUCAUUGUAUUUAUACGUAAUUUAGGCUGGUGAUGCAA